GUCAAAGCGUCUAACGCAAUUGAAACCUGAAAGCUGAGAACAUUGCUUUAUCUCCAAAUUGCCUACCCCUCUCCACGCUCACCACCCACACCCUUUCUCUCUCUUGCAACGCACAAGUCUCCUCCUUUGCCACUCUCUCUUCUCACUCGCUUCUCCUCACAAAUUUCUUUCUUUAGAAAUUUCUAGUAAAUUUUCUCAACCACUGUGCUAGAAAGGAAAACAGAGUUACUUCGUUGCUGAAUGAUGGCUUCAAUUCCAACUCCGACGCCUCGUCAUAAUCUUACUUUCCCAAGCCCACGAUUUCCUUCCCUCAAAAGACCCUUUUACCCUCCAUCGAGGUUUCCCGACUCCACUCUCUGUCGCUGCUCCGAUAAUUCCUCCGAUAGUAAUUCUUCCUCUUCCAUUAACUGGCGAUGGGACUCCGCCAUUCAAGACGUUAUCAAGAAUGCCAUCAAGCGAUUCGAAUCCUACAUGAAUCCUUUCCGGAAAGACUCCAGCACCACCAAAGGUGUGCUAAACGAUGGCGUCUCUGAUGGAAAACGCCGUCAAAGAGGCCAAGAGGACGAUUGGGAUUGGGAUCGCUGGAAAAAGCAUUUCGAACAAGUUGAUGAACAAGAACGCCUCCUCUCCCUUUUAAAGUCGCAGUUAAUUGAAGCUGUAAGUAGAGAAGACUACGAGGAUGCUGCUAGGUUAAAGGUAGCAAUUGCAGCUGCAGCUACGAAUGACACUGUUGGCAGAGUCAUAUCCCAUUUAAAUAGAGCAGUAGUGGAAGAACGUUUCCACGAUGCAGCAUUUUUACGAGACAAUGCCGGUGCUGGAUUGGUUGGAUGGUGGGCUGGUCUUUCAGAUGAUACCAAAGAUCCUUAUGGUCUAAUUAUACGUAUAACUGCUGAGCAUGGCAGAUAUGUGGCUAGGAGUUAUAGUCCAAGGCAUCUUGCUUCUGCAUCAGUUGGUGUACCCCUGUUUGAGAUCUUUCUUACUGUAAAUAAGAAAGGUGAAUACAAACAGCAGGCUGUGUACUUGAAAAGGAGGAGUGUUUUCCAAGAUUCUUCAAUGGUGUCUUCCAAAACAUCAGGAGCCACCAGCCGCUCAGGUCCAUCAGGCUCCAGUGAAGAUAACAGUGAUAUUUUUGUCGUGAGUACUGAAGAUGAUGAAGAUUGUGAUGAUGAAGAUGAUGAUGAUGCAGAUGAUGGAUCUGAUGUGGGUGAGGGACUAACUGGUUUUCAGAAUAUUUUGCGGGAUAUGAUUCCUGGUGUAAAAGUCAAGGUCAUGAAAGUCACUACACCUGGGAAAGUAGACCGAGAUUUUAUAUCUAAGGUGAUUGAGCAGAUAAUAGAGGAAGAAGAUGAAGAAAAAGAUGCCGAGAUAGAAAAUGUAGAAGUGGAUGAUGAAAUUAAGAGUGAAAGUGACCAAGAUAGAGAUCAGAUUGAGAUAAAUGCUGAUAGUGGAGUUAUUGAUAAUGACAUGCGAGGUGAAAUUGCGGUUAAAGUUGUUGUUGGUGGUCUUGCACGAAAACUUUCUGGCAGUGUGCCUGCAACAGAGUCACUUAGAGUGCCAGCUAAGCUUGUGAAAAAGGGGCGCCUAACAUUUUCCUUUUUUAUAGAAAAUGACAUAAACCAACAAGAUUCUGGUCCCGGGACGAGGGUUUCUAUGGAUAGAAAAGAAAAGAUUCAAAGUCAGCGCAGCAUAGAUAACAUAAUGUUUGAUCUUGCUAAAUUCGUUGGCAGAGAGAAGAUACCUUUGAAGGUGCUCAAAGAUGUUGGUGAAUUAAUAAAUCUCACUCUCAGUCAGGCUCAAAAUCAUCAACCACUAUCUGGAUCAACAACUUUCCACCGCAUAGAGAUCACGGCAUCACCAGAUCCUCUAAACGGAUUAUAUAUUGGUGCACAUGGGCUUUACACUUCAGAAGUCAUUCAUCUUAGACGCAAAUUUGGUCAGUGGCAAGAUAGGGGGACUAAGGAUCCUUCAGAUCUUGAAUUUUAUGAAUAUGUGGAAGCUGUAAAAUUAACGGGAGAUCCUUAUGUACCAGCAGGACAGGUGGCAUUUCGAGCCAGAAUUGGAAAAAGAUAUCAGCUCCCACAUAAAGGGAUAAUUCCUGAAGAAUUUGGAGUGGUUGCACGAUAUAAAGGACAAGGGAGGAUUGCUGAGCCAGGCUUUCGAAAUCCUCAAUGGGUUGAUGGCGAGCUCGUUAUUCUCGAUGGAAAGUACAUCAAAGGAGGGCCUGUUGUUGGAUUUGUAUAUUGGGCCCCUGAAUAUCACUUCUUGGUGUUCUUCAAUCAACUAAGGCUUCAACCAUAGUCUGUUGUACAUAAUGUUUGAGCAUGUUUAUUAUUUGUUCAGAUGACAUGGGUUAAACAUGAUACUUGUCACCGAAUAGCAGAGCAGCAAAGAAGGGAAGAGGUUUUAGCUCACAUGUUGAAAGCCCACUUGACUUAUGAGUUAUGCAGUGAACAUAUUGACCCUGGAAGUGACCAUGGAACUUCAAGAUUGACCAAAAAAGUCCAGUAUUUCUGCUGCCUGGAUUCUUGGCAUGUGCUUUCCUUAAAUGUAUUAGUAAUUUUAUUAUGCUUCCAUUCAAUUCCCAAACGACAGGCUUACCUGAAUCAUCAUAGCCAUAAUCUUUAUAGCUGGAAUUACUGUAAAUUUUGCAAUUCUAACUAAAUCCGGGCUGUAGAUGGAGUUAGGAAUAGUGAAAUAGCUGAACUCAAAUCAGAAUAUGGAAGGUUUUUGGAUGACCUUUUUUUGUGAUACAGCUAGCAGAAUAAGCUUCAAAGUUAAUUUGUCUGUAAUUAUAUUCAUUUUAAUUUUCUGUGUGCAAUGAUAAUCAAUAUUGAGGCAGAUUUUACCAGAUA